AUGUCAACACCACCUCCCCGGUCGCCCCGAAUCGACUAUGCCGCCAAAGUUCCGAAGAGACGAGCUAAUUCCUGCGUACCAUGUCGUGAAAGCAAGUCACGGUGCUCUGGAGGUAUUCCCUGUUCGACCUGUCAAAGGAAGCGCCAGAAACCUCGAUGCUUCUAUCGCACCAUAAUAACGAGAACGGGUGAAGACGGCGAGCUUUUUGGACGUAGUUACUCGGAGCAACUCCAAAAGGAGGGGUUUUCAUCGACCGCUCUGCAGGAUCUCGCAAAGAGGCUCGACCAAGCCGAUGAUGAAGGUCACUCUUCCUGUCCGAAUGAUGCCUUCUACGGGUGCUUUUCCCUCUCACGCAUUGUAGACGAGUUCAAGCUACUUUUGCCCUUUGAAGGAUCGAUUCAGGAUCUUGUUGCGUCAAUCCAAACCGUACCUGUCUUCAGGACUGGAUUCGAUGAUGAAGAAACUCCAAUGUCGAAAGGUUGGGGAAACCUGGGCCAAUUGCUUCGCGGAAUCGGCCUACGCACGUUCGUGGUUACGGAUGCCACUAGUGAACUGACACCAUCUCUGCGUCGCCUCUAUCUGAAAUACCUGUCGAUACGGCGGCUCCUCGAUUCGGGAAAGGUGGCGCGGGCCUGGGCCAACUUUCCCAGUAUCGUCCGCGAUGCUCAACUGAUGGGCUUGGACCGAGACAAAGGCUUGAGGGACUCUGCUGCGGAUGGGGAUGACACAGAGCCUCGCCGGCGCAUCUGGUGGCUUCUUAUGGAUCUCGAUGCUCAGCUCAGUUUCCUUCUCGGUCGACAACCUCUCAUAUCCCCUGCCUCAACCGUCCCGAAGCCGGCCGUUGAUGCGUCGCGGCGCGAGGUGAAAGAAUUGCACCACAAUAUCAUGGAUUUCUCGCAAUAUUUGGUAGAAGCCCUGGGCGAGAUGACUUCUGAUCGGUCUGAAAUAGGAACCGAAGGGGAAAGGCCUCCGCUAGAGACAAUCCCAGGCCAGAUAAAUUCCGAUCAGCCUGCGAAAAGGUCUACACUCGAGACAUACCUGUCGCGGCUCCAGCGACUGCAGUCGAAGCUCCCCCACCUUCCACGAAACGGAAUGGCCGAAAUAUCACUAUGGAUAGACAUAGCCGAACACCAACUCGAGGUCCAGCUCUUCUCGAUGGUCCUCAAUUGCCAAUUAUCUCGAUGGACACCGCCAGAACCAGCUCAACCCAUUAUUGAGAGGUACACCCCUUCCGCUCCAGAAUUGGGAACUCCUGGUAAUUUGCCCAAGCCGUCCUGCAAAAAUUAUCUCAAUGAGACACUUCAGUCAGGCCGAAGUAUUAUAGACACCUUUGACUAUAUCCAUUCCCUCGACCCUUCUAAGUCUACCUCUUCCUGGCCGCGCUGCUUCGGCGUAUUCUGCGCCGCCGUGAUCUUGGGCAUGGGUCGACUGGGUCGCAAGGUCGAUUUGGAAACAGACUCCACACGCAUUGAGCGAAUGCUCCAAAUUUUCCAAAAACUUUCCAAGAGAUCACCAGGGUCCCGAAUGCCUCAAAUGGCGGUCAAGAUACUCGGUGACAUUCUCGAGGGAAUCAAGGUCCUUGAUGGUCUUCCGGGGUCCAGAACGGACUUCUGCAUAACUUCAGCUGUUGGCGAGACCUCUUCAGUGACUCGGCCAAGACCGAAGGACAAGGUCGAAACGACAGACCCUGGUCCUCGAGUCCUCCUCAAACGUCCGAAGACAUCGACAUAUGAGGAAGACAUCGGAGCGCCAAAGCGCCAGAGAUAUAGCGAAAUUCAGUCAGGCUACGACACUUCCUUGCCCGAGAAUGCUUCACCGUGGCAGACGAGUCACGAGCAGCAAUACACCCAGCACAUAUCUGCGUUUCGUGAGAUGCCCCCGGCUCCAUUCCACGAGUCAUCUAGCCAAGACAGCUUUGCGCCGCCGCCGCCGUCGCAGCAACAGCUGGCGUUUCCUCCCGGUGCGUCAACGUCGUUCAAUGCAAGCGAGCAACUGGAAUACACCAAUGUAGGCUUCCCCUCGUCUCAUCCGGAUAACUCCUCGGAGAUUUUCUCGGUUCCCUGGUGGGUACAUCCACCAAUGAUGUUUCAUCCGCCUAUGUACCAUGAUGGAUGGCAAGGCCAGGACCUGACUUUUACCAUGAUGAAUGCCGAUGCCGCUCAACAUACGUUCUACUCUGAGACCUCAACCGUACCGGUAAGGGAACCACAUCCACUCGAUCCCAACAUACAUGAUGGUCAACAUAUUGGCCUGAGUGACAUCGGCCCUCCUCCAUCUCGGGGUGAGCCUGUACCUCUGAGCGAUCCCAAAGCUGUUCAAGCAGCGGGCAGCAUGCAAGUAGGCGUGGAACGUCCUCGCGAACGGCAAGAUGGCCACUUCUACGAUGAUACUGGGGAAUGUUAUUCAAGCCAGGAUCAUCCGGCCAGUUCUCCCUCUCUUGGAGGGGAUUUCUCGCAUAAAGAGGGCAUUUUCGGCCGCCCCGCGGCCGCUACUCGUCGUCGAAGCGCCGUUGAUGAAUAUCAGCGAAAGGGCAGUGGAUGGCCGAUGGACACGCCACCAAUUUUUACUAACAAGAUGGGCAAGGGCAAACACAAGGACGGAAUCUAUACACCUCAGACGCCUCCACAUGGAAGCUUACUCUCUCCUGUCAGCGAAGACGAGUCUAAAUCACGCCGCCAUUCGUCGACGCCUAGGCAGAUUGCGAGGCCAGCUCUACCGGCAUCGCUAGAGACGCGUUCUGAUGUGCCCACGCAGGAACAGCAGCACAUGUCUCUACGUAGCAUAGACGAGGAGAACUACACCCCUCUCCGAAAACACUCAGUGGUACAUACUCCUGAGGUCGGGAUGGCGGAUACCACGCCGCGAGGAGAGGCGAGGGUGGAGCAUGCAAGAGACCACGCUGGACAGCACGGUUGGCGAGACCAACCCCAAUCUCAAAGUGCCUUUGACACGACUGGACCAGUGCCAAUGCCUUACGAUAUGGAGAUGACAACUCAGGGGAUGGGAUAUGAUCAGGACUUUCAUCGGCAUCUUCCCUCCACGAAGGUCGUCACAACAGGACCGUUUACUGGAGAAGGGCAUCAUUGGUGGUCCAGAUGA